CAAAGCAAAUGAACGCGCGCAUGCGCGAUAUCACAUUUACGCAGAAAAUGUUCGUGUUAUAGUUAUUUUACUGUAUUGUUUUGAUUAUUGGGCGAAACAAACAAUUUUAAGCAGUUAGUCAGUGAAUUUUAGAAGAUAAAAAUGGUAAAGUUUGAAAGAUGCUGCAGACUUUGUACUGAGGAAAAGGAAACAACAAUAAUGAUAUUUGGCGCAGAAGCUGCAUCCAUGCAACUCCAAAAUAAGUUGAACAAAUAUUUAUUAAUCGAGAUUGAGCAAGAUGAUAAUUUACCAAAAAGUAUCUGUAUUAAGUGUUGUACACAAUUACAAAAUGUAUGUGAAUUCAUCGACUUGGCUAGGGACGCACAAGAAAAACUUCUAAAACUGAGCAUGGAAUUAUAUGAUCGUACAUAUGAAGACAUCACAAAGAAAUACCCACAUAUAAAUCAGGAAACGACCGUAAUUAGCACAAAACAAACUAAUUUAAUAACAGAAAAUGAAGACAGCACAGGAAUUACGUAUUUGAAUAGUGCUGACGGCGAAAAUGUUACUUUGACGAGACUAACUAACAAUCCCAUCCUAUUAGAUGACGAGGAAGACAAGGAUGCAUUCAAACCAUUUCCUUGUAAAUUAUGCCACAGAAAAUUCCGUUCAGAUAUUGCACUUAAAAAUCAUAUGUGGUCCCAUUUAUCUCACGGGGAAUCUGGCAAACCAUACGUUUGCACAAUAUGCGACAAGACUUUCAUCUUCAAAAAUGACUUUAUGACACAUAUUAAGGAACACAAUACUUCCAGUAAAUGCGCCAUGUGCAAGCGAUCAUUUAGGUCAGAGAAAAAUCUAAAUGCACAUAUGGUAAUUCAUUUUUCAAACAAAAAACUUUACACUUGUAAUGAGUGUGGUCGUACUUAUGCGACAAGAAGUAGUUUUAAGACCCAUAAUAUAUCACACAGUAAUGAAAGACCACACCACUGUACUAUUUGCAAGAAGAAUUUCAAGAGAUUUCAGGAAUUGAGGUUUCACAUGAACAAACACACUGGGGCCAAGCCUUUUAAGUGUCCUGUAUGUGAUAAAUGCUUCGCUAGUUCUGGUAAUUGCUAUGCUCAUAAAUCUAGAAUGCAUCCAACAGUACAAGAGAACAGCAAAAAGAAAAAUGAAAUUUCAGAAUACCCUGGGACAUUAUAUUUUAGACCCAUUGCACCAAAGACAAAGGCAAACAAGGUUACCAAUACUCAAUUUAAAUUCCAAUGUCAAUUAUGCUCACACACUUUUAAUAAAAAGGAUAAUUUCACAUACCAUAUGUAUAAACACACUGGAGUCAAACCAUUUCAUUGCAUCCAUUGCCCAGAGAAGUUUGUAACUAGAAGAGGGCAUUAUCUGCACUAUGAAAAAUGUCAUCCAGGCAAAGAUCGUCCGCUUGCCUUGCUAUCUAAAAAUGUUCAAUUAAAAUGA